AGCGACGGCUGAGAGGCACGUGCAGGGCUUAUCUGUACUUGAAGCUCGCUGUAACUUCGCUAUGAUCUCGGUAUUGCUGAAGAGCCUUUAAAUCAGACCGAUGAACUGCACCAGGGUCUAUCAUAUCUUGGACACCAGAUCGUUACCACCUGUCUCGAUUAUGCCAGUUGAUAUUGCCAUGCGACUCUGUUUGGCUCAUUCUCCACCUAUGAGGAAUUUCCUUGGCCCCUAUGAUCCUUACAGAGGGCUGAACAUCACCAGUAGGCUGAAGCCCCUGCGGCCUUGCAUCAGUCUGAAAGGCGGAGCUGAAUCGUGCAAUGAUGGCUGGGCUCAAUCCAAAGGCAAAAGAAAGAAAACUGUGGCUUUUGCAGAUGAUAAAGGUUUUUCUCUCACUGCAGUUCACUUUUUCUCUGAAUGUGAAGACUCACUUGCUGAACUACAGUUUGACCUGACAGAUCUCGACCACUCAACGUGUGGACUGAAAGCAAAUGAAAAAAGAAAGCCCCUGGUCCUGGAUUUCUCUCCGCCAUCUUCAGACUACAUGGAAUUCAGAAAUCGCCUAAAGAAGAAUUUUGUCUGCCUUGAAAAUUGCACAAUGCAGGAGAAAUUCAUCACAGGCACUGUCGCAGUGAGGAAUCUAAGUUACCAUAAAGUAGUUCAAAUCCGGAUAACAUUUGACACUUGGAAAAGUUAUAAGGAUGUGGACUGUACAUUUCUAAACAAUAUUUAUGGCUGUUCUGAAACAGACACAUUUUCUUUUGCUAUUGACCUGCCGUCAGCCAUAUCACCACAGGAAAAAAUUGAGUUCUGCAUCUCCUUUAAGUGUGGAGACCAAAUCUAUUGGGAUAACAAUGAGGGGAAGAAUUACAGCAUUGUUCACGUCGAUUGGAAACCUGACAGGAAUCCAACCCCCAUCCCCUUCAAGGAUGAGGUGACCAAGACCCCUGUAAAGAUGCAGACAAUUGAAUGUGAUCAGUAUGGAAGCCCACGAUCGUCGAGUGAGCUGUUUCCUGAAUGGCAGAGCUGGGGAAAGAUCGAGACGGCUCUGCCGUAUUGGUGACAGAUGUUAGUGUUGCUGUAUUGUUUGGUGGAGAGUUGCCUCAAUUUCCAUAUUAAAACUUAUGAAAACCCUGCUGUUGAUCUAUAAAGUCCCCUACUAGAUUUAAUAAUCAACUUGGUACCAUUUUUCAAAAAGUUCUCCUGUGCAACCUUUUUAAUUUUGUUUAGCUCCUAUAUAUACUGUAGGAGCAUCUUAAAAUGGAUUAGUGGCUGUCUGUAUCAUGCAUGUCAGUGCAACACAAGGUACUGAUAUGGAUAAUUAGUAUGCAGAUAUGAAAAUUCACAUUGGAUCCUUGAGGCUCUGUGGUAAGGAUAUUAAAUUCUGGACUUGUAGAAUUUUGUGCCAUGCUUGCUAUAUUUUAAAACAACAAGAACUGUUAGUGCACAGAGAAUUGAAUAGGAUAAGCUAGAGCACUUAACGCACUGUGAACUAAGAUGUACUAUAAACAUUUUUACCUGGCUAACAGCCUGUUAGUGAGGUAUGUAACUUGCAAGCACUAACUUUGAUUAUGUACGCCGUGAUUAGGAUACGUGACAGGCUAAACUAGACGGUAGCUAGAAAUACACUGCACAUUGUAAAGCAACUGAGUGCCUUUUUGUUGAACAGCUGACAUCACUGGAUGUUAAAAUGCAGGUUGCCAAAUCAAAUUUAAUGCAGCUGUGAGAAGCUAAAGUUUGUUCAAAUUGAUAUAUUGUUUGGCUGGGUUUAUAAGCAGGCUAUAAAUCGUGUCUUUUUAGGGUUAUUCUGAUGGGUCCUUAGAAUACAACUAAUGCAUUUAGCAUUAUAUUUUGGGUAUAUUCACUUUGCUUCUUUCCUGAAAUGUUUUACCAAUUAAAUCCAAAGGUUUUCCACACUUCUGAACAUUCAGUUCUGUAUGCUUUUAGCUAACCUCAAUUUUAUUAUUUUUGUAUCCAAAUGGAAGGAAAACCUAACAAUCGGAUGGCCUGUUUGUAUGUAGCAAUAUGCUUAGACAAUCAACAUUAUUGUCUUUUACACUGCUUUUCCAAAUGUGAAUAUGGCACUGUACUUUCCUAAUUAUAUGUACAUAUAGCUAUGAGGUACUCAUGAUCCUUCACAUUGAAGGCUGGAAAAUUUAGCUUGUAUUUGGAUACACAGGGGUUCUUAAUCAGAAAGUAACACCAGUCUGGAGACUGAAAUGAUUUGGUUUGAAGGGACCUGAUGGAUCCCUUUGCUCUCUUUUGGUUAGGAUUCUGCAAUUUUUUUUUGUUUUCUUUAGUCUCUGGUACUAACAUUGCCACUAUACAGGAAGCAUUUUAUGCAGAUGUAAGCAGUAGCUUCAAACCUAAGAGUUUUCAAGCUAUUAAUACUGAUCUCCAUUCACUAAUGUAACUGAUAAUUACAGCACAUUCAGAUGAGAGAGACAGUUUGUUGAAAACUUUAUUGGCUUGAUCAUCCAGAAAGUGCUUGCUAUGCCUUCUGAUUCUCUAUGCAACACAGUAGCAACUGUAUCACUGUGAUAAUGGUCUUUUGCUUCUGCUAUGCUGUUUGAAAGUCUAAUUUUUUAAAAAAUUGAUACAAAUCCCAAAUUUUCAUUUUUGUCAAAGGUCAUAUGCCCUGUAUAUACAUGUUUCACAAUUAACCCUUUUCUUAAAAAAAAAAUCCUAUUUAAUAUGGUUAGGUUCCCUUCCAGGUUUCACAAAUUUGUCAUGAACAAGUCCUCUGACAUUAGAAUCAGUUUCAUGGUUGUUUCCUGUACUGCCUCAGAGGUAUGAAGGUUCUCGGGUGCAAGAAUACUCCUCCAGUCAGAAGUUCCCAUUCAGUUUAGGCAUAGUGCCAACCCUACACCCGUGGUUUUGAUGCUGAAAAUGGCCAUAUAUAGUUGACAUUUGGUUUUAUACCAGUUUGUUUUACACCACCCAAUUAUUUUCUUAAAUCCUCCUUUGACCAAAUGUUUGAAACAUGUCAGGAGAUGGCGCAUGUCACUCCUGUAAGGCAAUGCAUGCAUGCCAAAUUCUCAUCCUGCCAUGGCAGGAUAAAUGCACUGGGAGUAUUAGACCAGUAAUGAACACAGCACUGAUGUGCCUUACAUACAGAGAGGAAUGAAAAACUGUGCUGCUUAGCAUUCUGCUUACUGUUGAAGAUGAGGUUACUGAGGACAAUGGUGAAUGUAAGUUAGUACAGACAUGCUGAAAAGGAGAAAAAGAUUUUAUAAUGUUAUCUAUGGUUAGUUGACUUCAAACUCGUCUAUGAAGUAACCUAUCAAAGCACUUGGGAUGAGGCCAUAACUGCUUGUCAUGCCAGCAGGGUGCAUAUCUUGAGUAAUUAGAACAUAAUUAACCCCACAUUAGACUUUGUUUUUCUUUGUUUUUAUUAGCUUUUCUGAUACCUAUUAGUGUUUUUGACUUAAGGAAUCAACUUUUUUCUUUCUCUGUAUCACAUGUGGUACUUUUUUAUCUCUCGAGCAGCAAUUUCCUGGGACAGGUUCAGAGUGUCUGUAUCUUUGUUCCAGUCACCUGCGUUGAUAAACCUGACUGUCCCCCUUCUUGUUUUUGAUCUCUUUUUGUGAAGCCCAAUAAUUGUUUUUAAGGUAACUUUCUGAUUGUCAUCUGACAUUUGUUACCUACUUUUUGCUGUGCCCACCUUAACACCUUUGUGUUCAUGUUAACCACCACAAACAUUUUGACUUUUCCUCUAUGCAUUUCACCAGUGUACAAUAACUUCCCCUCAAAGCAAUAUUAGCGUUUACAUAUCUCCCAAUCCAAGAAUAUCCUUUGGAGACCACUGUCCUCUAGGGUGGGGAUCAAUAAAACAAAAUGAUCAUUAUGUUUUACCUGAGAUGAUUACUACAAAGAGCAUAGCCUUUAUUGUCUGCUUUGGUUUUAUUUUGCCCUAUGAGCUGUUUGCAGGUUUUGUUUACAAAAUGCUUGUGCCAGCUGAUGUAAUGUGAUUGUGGUGUAAUUUGAAAUGUGAGUGUGAACUCUUGACCAUGUGCUGUAGAUUUAAAGGACGAUUAUCGAAGGGAAACUGGAAAGGGUGUCCAUACUGGUUAACACAAUCUCUGUAAUCACUGAAAUAUUUUUGUACUUGAGAUUUGAUGUUGUAGGGUAGGAUUCUGUUAAGGGUGGAAAAGUCUAAGGGAAGUAUCUUUUCACUCAAAGUACUUUAUUAAAUGGCAAAGGGAAAAAAAAAUCGAGUUUUAACUUUCAACAGAAAUGAUCACCUAUUUUGUUCCUCUCUGCUUUCUUAUCACUGGGUGCUUCAGUUGUAUUAGAAUUGGCAUAAGGGGAAACUUUAAAACUUGGCUUCCAUAGUAUUUUAACAAAAAGUCAAUUGGCUAAAUUCUCCUGAGGCUAAUUUACAUUCUUCUGUAGGAAGAAUGCUUUGAGAAAUUACCCACUUUAGACUUGGCCUUUUUUUUUCCAAGGAAAUUGUAUGAAGAAAAAUAAAGCUUUAUAUUGUAAA